AUGAGUGGCUACGAUAGUGCAUUAUCAAUUUUCUCACCGGAUGGACAUGUUUUCCAGGUUGAAUAUGCUUCAGAGGCUGUCAAAAGAGGUACUUGUGCCGUUGGAGUUAAAGGGAAAAAUACAGUGGUGUUAGGAUGUGAAAAGAGAACUGCAUUGAAGUUGCAGGACCCAAGAAUUACUCCAUCAAAAAUAUGUAAAGUUGAUCACCAUAUUCUUUUAGCAUUUGCUGGUUUGAAUGCCGAUGCCAGAAUAUUGGUCGACAAGGCACGAGUAGAAGCUCAAUCCCACAAAUUGACGUUAGAAGAUCCUGUAAGUGUCGAGUACUUGACCAAAUACGUUGCUGGUGUUCAACAGAAAUAUACACAACUGGGUGGUGUAAGACCGUUUGGUAUUGCCACCUUGAUUGCUGGAUUUGACGUUCGUGAUGACGUUCCAAAAUUGUUUCAAACUGAACCUUCAGGUGUCUUUAAUGCUUGGAAAGCUCAUGCUAUUGGUAGAUCAUCAAAAACAGUCAAAGAAUUUUUAGAAAAACAUUACGAAGAAGAUUUGAGUGAGGAAGAUACCAUUAAAUUAACUGUGAAAUCACUUUUAGAAGUGGUUCAGACAGGUGCAAAGAACAUUGAAGUAUCCGUUUUGAAACCUGGUGCUGUUAUAAAAAAAUUGGAUGUUGACGAAAUCAAAAAAUAUGUUGAUGCAAUUGAAGCUGAAAAAGCUGCUGAAGCAGAGAAGAAAAAGCAAAAAUCAAAGGAUUAG